GGCCACCGAGCACCGCUCCAGCUGCACUGCGUGGCCCGGGGUGGGCGGCUCCAGGUGCCCGGGCGGCUGGGCUCGCUCCCCACGGGGGCUGUGGUGCAUGUUCGCCCCCUGCGAGUGCAUGAGGAGAGGCGGCAGGAGGACCAUGAAAAUGAUCCGGUUCCGGAGCUCGAGCAUCAGGUCCCUGAGCCAGGAGAUGAAAUGCCCCAUCCGGCUGCUGGACGACUCCGAGAUCUCCUGCCAUAUCCAGAAGGAGACCAAGGGGCAGUUUCUCAUAGAUCAUAUCUGCAACUAUUACAGCUUACUGGAAAAAGACUAUUUUGGAAUUCGAUAUGUCGACCCUGAGAAGCAACGGCACUGGCUUGAGCCCAACAAGUCUAUCUCCAAGCAAAUGAAAUCUCAUCCACCAUAUACCAUGUGCUUUAGAGUGAAAUUCUACCCACACGAACCCUUGAAGAUUAAAGAAGAGCUCACCAGAUAUCUUUUGUAUCUACAAAUAAAAAGAGACAUUUUCCAUGGCCGUUUGCUGUGCUCUUUUUCUGAUGCUGCAUACCUGGGUGCCUGUAUUGUCCAAGCUGAGCUUGGUGAUUAUGAUCCUGAUGAACACCCAGAGAAUUACAUCAGCAACUUCAAGAUUUUUCCGAAGCAAUCACAGAAGCUGGAAAGGAAAAUUGCGGAAGUACAUCAAAAUGAAUUCAGAGGGCAGAGCCCAGCUGUUGCUGAAUUUAAUUUACUACUGAAAGCACAUUCUUUGGAAACCUAUGGUGUUGAUCCCCAUCCUUGCAAGGAUUCAACUGGUACCACUACUUUUUUAGGAUUCACAGCAACAGGCUUUGUAGUUUUCCAGGGUAAUAAAAGAAUUCAUUUGUUAAAAUGGGCUGAUGUCUGCAAAUUGAAAUAUGAAGGGAAGACGUUUUAUGUGCUUGGAGCUCAGAAAGAGAAAAAGGCUGUGUUGUCAUUUCAUACCUCAACACCAGCAGCCUGCAAGCAUCUUUGGAAGUGUGGGGUGGAGAACCAGGCUUUUUAUAAGUAUGCAAAAUCAAGUCAGAUCAAGACAAUGUCCAGCAGCAAAAUAUUUUUUAAGGGCAGUAGAUUUCGAUAUAGUGGAAAGGUCGCCAAAGAGGUGGUUGAAGCAAGUUCUAAAAUCCAGAGAGAGCCUCCUGAAGUGCACAGAACCAACAUUCCUCAGAGCCGUAGCUCUCAUUCCUUGAAUAAACAACUCAUAAUCAAUAUGGAACCACUGCAGCCUCUUCUCCCUUCUCCAAGUGAGGAGGAAGAGGUUCCUUUAGAUGAAGUGUUACUGCUUUUUUUGACAGCUUCCUCAAGCAGCUCAGUAUUUGGAUAUGAAACCUGUACAGAUGGUAUGCAAUACCUGUAAUUCAUUCUUUGUUGAUGUUUCACUUGAACCUUGCACUUGCACACCAAUAUAUGUAGCUGCAUAUACCACUCAGCUUUUACAUUUGCCAAUCCAAAUUUGUAUGUCAAAGUAUGAGCUUCAUGUAUGCAGAAGGUACACAUGGAAAUCUUACGCAUGCAACUUAGUCAUACAACUUUACAUAUUUGGCCAUUUUUGCAGAACAAUCUUGAUGUUUUAAACACACAUUCUUAAAACUUAAAUACCCACCUGCAGAAGUAAAGAAACAGAUUGUUAGAGUCAGAUGAGUACAGGAAUCUGCUUCUUCAAGACAGGCCCAACAAGGAAAAUAACACAACACCACUAG